AGAUCUCUCCGCAUGACCUAAUAAGGAACAUUCAGUCCAAAAUCGAUGUCUACCGCAUGAAAACACUACAACUGAUAUUAACAUAACUGACAUGGACACCGAAGAUACUUCAGGGUAUUCAUCGCUAAAAUCAUCACCACAAUCUUCCGAUGAAAAUUUUUUCAAGAGGCUACAAUGGGGAAAAAUACGAUUGGAGCUCAAGACACCAGAGUUUCUGAAAGAAAGCUCAGAAUUGGAAAUUGAAAAGAAUGAGAAGUCUGGAAUACAGAAAUGUGGAGAAAAUGAAGGUGAAAAUGAGGAAAAGUGUGAAUUUCGUCCAGUCGUCACACCAAACGAAAUUGAUUCUCAUAAGGAGUGGUAUCACAGGCUUCUAAUGCUCAAGUUAGAAUAUAAGCGCGGUGAACGGGGAGCUUUUCCUCCAUUUCCACCACCACCUCUUCCUUCCAUGAUGAUUGCUGCAAGUAACGCCGUAUCGUUCAAUGCGUUCGACGAAGUCAAAAGAGCAGCUCAAGCGAAAACCGCAAAGUCUCCGAGCACGUCUUCAUUGGAAAGACGAGCCCAACGUUUUUGUCCCGCUGAUUUUCAACCACUUCCUCCACCUCACAUCUACAUUGAAAUGAUCAGAACAUUGGCUCCUCACCAAUACAUUGAUUUGACUUAUGCUCUCGCUGGUUCGGUUCUUUUAGAGAUGGGUGUCAAGAUUCCUGAUCGAUAUCCGAAUUUACCUCCGAAAAUUGAACCGUACCGAGACAUUGAGUCAGAAGAAGCAGCUCACUGGACUGAGAUGUCAUCACAAUCAUCCUCGGAAGGGGAAUAUUCAGACGCUUCUGAGAGUGCGAAGCUAGUGCAAACGUUGAAUAGAAGAAAAAAUAAGGAACGAAGGGAAACGAGGAAGAUAAGAAUUGUUGCAAGUAUGCUCACAUCUUCGACUUUUUCAAUGAAGAAAAAAAGGAAAAAUGAAGGACUUGAUUUUAAACAUGAAACAUUUCCGAGAGAUUAUGAUUAUAAAGAAAAAACACUUUCUACAUUCAUUCCUCCGAGAAUUGCCCGUCGUCCUCCUAUUCCUCCACCGCAAUUCUUCUUUCCACCAUCACCACAUUUCAGCCGUGAGCCUCACUCGCUCCCACCAAUGCCGAUGAUGUUGCCUAUCCCAUUACCACCGAUGUCACUAUCCUCUCCAAUCUCGCCAAUCCAUUUCCAAAAAAAUCUUCAGUCUACUCCAGAACGUCCUUCUCGAACUGAUUCUUCUCGAGUCCACGCAAAACAAAUCAAAAACGAUAUUAUUAUCGUCGAAAAAGUAACUGAUGUCUAGAAAGACAAUGAUUAUUUAAUCUUCCAAUUCUUUUCAUUAAUUUUUUCCUUAAUUUCUGUAAUUUUUAAAAUAACAUUUCAAGAAACUUCUCAUCUCUCGUAAAUCGACAAAGAGUCGUUCCUUUGUCCGCAAUUGCUCGUCGAAUUCGACGUUUGUGCAGAGCCGGCUGCACAAUGGUCGUCGUGUCUGGAACGAUUUUUUGUCGGUGAGCGACGGAAAUGUUCUGAAAAUCUUUGUAUUUAUGCUUUUGUUUUUUCUCUGUCUUCGCUUUCCCAAUUUUACAAAUUCCAUUUGUUCCUGUUUCUUUCAUUCCCUUGACAAAGUCACAAAAUUUGUCCUUUUUUUCCUUUUUAUCUACCGUUGUGAUCUACACGAAUAAGAUUUUCUUCAUGCUUUUUUGCUUAUAAAUUUU